AUGAAGGGUUACCAUCCAAGAUUCUAUUAUCAUGACUACACCUACUAUAGACCAAGAAUAUUCCCAAGAUUCGUCUUUGGUAUGCUCGUUGGUGGAUUUAUUGGCUAUGCAUGGGGAAGAAACAACAAUAACCAUCAAGGUGGAAGUGGAUGGGGUAAUAGACACAAUUAUUGGGAUUACAAUAGAAAUAAUAACAACAAUAACUCAAAUCCACAACCUUUCAAUAAUCAAAGUAAUCCAGUUCAAUAUCAAUAUAAUCCUCAACCUCAACAAGCUCAAUUACAACAACCAUCUCAACAAUAUCCACAAAAUAUUCAACCUCAACAAACUCAAUUACCACAACCUUCCCAUUCAGUUCAUAAUCAUCCAACUAUGAAUAUCAAUUAUCCUGAGGAAAACAAACCAACCAAUCAAAAUUAA